AUGUCGACGUCGGCAAUAUACAUUUUGGAUGUAAAAGGAAAAGUUUUGAUAUCCCGCAACUACCGCGGUGACAUCGAAAAUGGUAUUAUUGACAAAUUCAUGCCGCUGGUGAUGGAACGAGAGGAAGAGGGUAAUUUAACACCAUUACUCCAAACACCCGAGUGUACAUACGCAUACAUUAAAUAUAAUAAUUUGUACAUUGUAUCGACGACUAAAAAAAAUGCCAAUAUAUCUUUGGUAUUUGUAUUUCUUCACAAAGUUGUCCAGGUGAUGCAGGAAUACUUCAAAGAGCUUGAAGAGGAGAGCAUACGUGAUAAUUUUGUUGUUAUUUAUGAGCUCCUGGAUGAAUUGCUUGAUUUUGGUUACCCGCAGACAACUGACAGUAAAAUAUUGCAAGAGUACAUAACGCAGGAGGGACACAAACUCGAAAUCCAACCGCGUAUACCGAUGGCUGUUACCAACGCGGUGUCAUGGCGGUCAGAGGGCAUUAAGUAUCGGAAAAAUGAAGUAUUUCUUGACGUUAUUGAGUCGGUUAAUUUAUUAGCGAAUGCAAACGGCAAUGUGCUGAGUUCAGAGAUAGUUGGUGCUAUUAAAAUGCGGGUUUAUCUGUCGGGUAUGCCAGAACUUCGUCUUGGUUUGAACGACAAAGUACUGUUUGAAUCGACUGGUCGUGGUAAGUCGAAGAGUGUUGAAUUAGAAGACGUUAAAUUUCAUCAGUGCGUAAGAUUGUCGCGUUUUGAAAAUGAUCGGACAAUAUCAUUCAUACCGCCAGACGGUGAAUUUGAAUUAAUGUCAUACCGUUUAAAUACACACGUUAAACCACUGAUAUGGAUUGAAUCGGUUAUUGAAAGACAUGUUCACAGUCGUGUUGAAUAUAUGAUUAAAGCUAGAUCCCAAUUUAAACGCAGGUCUACAGCUAAUAAUGUUGAAAUAGUUAUACCGGUACCGAACGAUGCUGACUCGCCUAAAUUUAAAACAACUAUUGGCAGUGUUAAAUAUUCCCCAGAGCAAAAUGCUAUUACAUGGUCUAUUAAAUCAUUUCCUGGUGGUAAAGAAUAUUUGAUGCGUGCACAUUUUGGUUUGCCGUCGGUUGUUGGUGAAGAUGUUGAGGGUAAACCGCCUAUUCAAGUUAAAUUUGAAAUACCCUAUUUUACAACAUCCGGUAUACAAGUACGUUAUUUAAAAAUAAUUGAAAAAAGUGGAUACCAAGCGUUACCCUGGGUACGUUAUAUUACGCAAAAUGGUGAUUAUCAAUUGAGAACAAAUUAA